AAUGGUUCACCUGUUUCAUUUGAUGUCUUAACUAAAAGUUGAAAGCUUCGUUUCAAUUUUACUAAUUUUUAUAAAUUUUAUUUUUGGUGUUUGAAAAAUUGAAUUAAGCCUUUUUUAUAAUUAAUUAUUUCAAGUCCUGUUCAUAAACUAUUUAGUCGAAAUGGGUGAAGAAUUAGAAAGUUCAACUGAUUCUGUUUCAUCAAGAUGUGAAAAAUCAUCAUUUUGUGAAAGCCAAAGUGUUUAUACAAGCCUUUUAAGAUCAAUUGGAGAAACGAGUAGUAGGUCAAUGAAUCGGAAACAAAUUUUUUGCCUUAUCAUUAUGGCCUACGGUAAUUUCUGUAUUGGCGCCAAUGGCUCACUUCAAGCACCAUUUUUUCCCGGUGAAUGUGACAUCAAAGGAGUAUCUUCCCUGAUUUAUGGAUUAAUUUUUGGUGUCUUUGAGUUAGUUAUAAUUGUAACUUGUCCAAUCUUCAGCAAAAUGUUUGCCUACGUUACACCGUAUUUCUUCCUGGAGUUUGGAUUAUUUCUUAUAGGAGCAACUGCUGUACUUUUCGGAGUUUUGGAUAAGGUUACAAGAUCUCUUGAAUUUUCGGUGUUUGCUUUCUCUCUGAGAAUGGGUGAAGGAGUAGGAACUGCUGCUUUCAUCGCAUCAUCCCAUGCAAUUCGCAGUUCUGAAUUUUCUCGCCAUGCUGCGUAUGCACAUAUGGUCUUGAGCACCGCUUCUUCUCUUGGAUCCUUAUUAGGUUCACCAGUUGGAGGUGCUCUUUUUACGGCUGGAGGUUAUGUCAUGCCCUUUGUUGUUUUUGGAGGUUUACUGUUAUUUGGUAGUUUAGUGAGCAUCGUUAUCUUGCCUAAAUCAGAUGAUUACACGUUGAAUAGCAAUCCAGUUUCACUUCGCAAUCAGUCCGAUCAAUUGGUAGAUGUCCUUGUCAUUGCUGGUUGUGUUGCUCUUACUGGAUUCAAUGAUGUUACUUUGGCCCAUCACUUGAGUCAAUUUGAUCUUUCACCCAUUGAAAUUGGAUCAAUAUUCAUCGCAAAUAGGCUGGCUUACAGUUUAGUCUUCUUUGGCUGGCGUAAAUUAGGACGACUUGAGUUUGACGCAUUAUGGAUUUCAAUUCUAGGAACAGUUAUUAAUAUUAUCGGAUUAUCAUUAAUAGGCCCAGUUAGUUUCAUUCCUAUUGAACCUAAACUUUGGUUAAUAAUUGUAUCUUUAAUCAUUAUUGGAAUUGGAUUGGCUGCCAAGCAAGUUGGCUCCUUUUUUUCAAAUAGAUCAGCUUCUCGUGGUUACCUCAAUGCAAAUUUAACUCAUGAUGAAGUUUCCGCGAUCAAUACUUUAACUUCAAUUGCUGCCUUUGUUGGACCUGUCACUGGAGGUUAUCUCAUUGGCACUAUUGGCUAUAGAUCUGCCACUGAAGUCGCUCUUGCACUAGAGAUAUUCACGCUUAUACUUUUAAUCGUUCACAAAAUUUAUGGAUCUUAAUUUUUGGUCAAACCAUUUUCAUCUUUUUAAAAUAUUUUAAAAUAUAAAUCAAUUUUUAAUGAUUGUUUUUAAAAAACAUCUACUUUUUAUUGUGCUCUUUCCCAACUAAUGAAUAUUUGUAAAUUAAUCAUCGAUUGAAAUAUUUCAAUAAAUUGUCUAAAAUUCUUAAGAGUAAAAUUAUCAUUGCAGAUAGACAAUUUCAAUUAUUUUUAUAUUUAAAUAAACCGUUGGAAUCUUA